CAGGAGCCAUGCUAGCCUAUAUAAGCUGGUGGGACAUUUUCUUUUUCCCUACUUUCCUUCUGGCCUAACCAGCAAACUUACAGCUACUCCCGAGCUCGUCUGAGAGGUUCAGAACAUCAAGAUGGAAAACUGUGUUGAUGUCAAGAUAGAAACCAACGGGGAAAGAAUGCCAAUGAAGCAGAAUCCACUAAGCACAGGUGGGAAGAGUUUCUGCAGAGCUGUGGGUUACCUCACUGGAGACAUGAAGGAUUUUGGAACCUGGCUGAAAGACAAACCUCUCAUGAUCCAGCUCCUUGACUGGGUGCUGCGUGGGAUAUCCCAGGUGAUGUUUGUCAACAACCCGCUCAGUGGGCUGGUCAUUCUGGCUGGCCUCCUGCUGCAGAACCCGUGGUGGACACUCACAGGAUGUGUGGGAACACUUGUCUCAACUUUAACAGCACUUAUUCUGGGUCAGGACAGAUCAGCCAUAGCAGCAGGCCUGUAUGGAUACAACGGGGUCUUGGUGGGAUUGCUGAUGGCUGUCUUCUCUGCUGAUGGAGACUACAACUGGUGGCUCCUCUUGCCUGUGGCACUGGUGUCCAUGACCUGCCCUAUUUUCACCAGUGCUUUAAGUGCAGUUUUCUCUAAGUGGGACCUGCCUGUUCUCACCUUGCCUUUCAACUUGGCCUUGACCCUCUACCUGGCUGCUUCGGGGCCACACAACCUCUUCUUCCCUACGACUGUCAUUCAUCCUGCGACGGCAACACCAAACAUCUCCUGGGCAGAGGCUGAAAUCACAAUGCUCCUGCGAUCCAUCCCAGUCGGCGUGGGCCAGGUUUAUGGCUGUGACAAUCCCUGGACUGGGGGAAUUUUCCUGAUUGGUUUAUUUAUCUCCUCUCCACUCAUUUGUAUCCACACAGUGAUCGGCUCAGCAGUGGGGAUGCUGGCAGGGCUGAGCUUGGCAACGCCGUUUGACCAAAUCUACUCGGGGCUGUGGGGCUACAACAGCUCCCUGUCCUGCGCUGCCAUCGGGGGCAUGUUCCUGGCUCUCACCUGGCAGACACACCUCCUGGCCAUGGCCUGCGCACUCUUCAGUGCCUACUUGGGAGCAGCAGUGACCCACAUGUUGUCUGUGUUUGGGGUGCCAUCUGGAACCUGGCCUUUUUGCCUGUCUGCACUGACCUUCCUGCUAAUGACCACAAGCCACUCUGCGAUCUGCAGGCUGCCACUCUCCAAAGUCACCUACCCAGAAGCCAACAGAGCUUAUUAUCUGAUGAUGAAGAAACACGAGAAGUCCUGCUGUGAGGCAUAGAGACCCAAGAAGAGAGAAACUCAGCUCAUUUUAAGGCAGGAGCACGAGGUGUUUGCCCAACAGACUGUGAUUUGUGUGCUGCAAUGUCCAACGCCACCCUCUGUGUGGAGAGACUUUUCUCACCACAUCUAUUAAGAAGAUUUCUAUUAGGUAGGACUGGGCUGUGCUGGAAGGACCAUUCCCCAGUAUCAACCUGUUAUGAUUUUAAAGCACACAGGUCUGAAAAGAUACUUGAAUUAUAAGCAAUGGGAAAAUUACUUAUAAGCUGAAAAGAAAAAUCUCUCUCUGAAAUUGAAGACAUCAAAAUCAGACAUAAAGAAAUAAAGAACAUCUUUCAGCACAUGAGGGGACUUCAAACUAAUGGCUAAACAUCUUAUGACAUCAACAGAAGGCAUCUUAGAGAGUUUCACUGUAGCAGAAAAAUGGA